AUGCCAAACUUCUGUUCACCGGAGGUAAUCCACCUUCACCGGUCAUCUACAGCUGCCUUCAAUGGAGCCUUCAAAGAGCCUCACCUGAGGACCUCCCUUUCUCCCCCAACUGUCCACAUCAAUCAAAGCAUUUACCUCACCUGGCAACCACAACAAGGGCAGAAGAAAGAUAUCCAGGGCAUUAAUGGCCGGAUCUAUAGGUAUGAGGAGGCGAUUUAUCCAACUACCAGUAAAGGAAAUGAAAGGAAGGUCAGAGGGGUAUUAACCCAGCAGAAGCAACUAAUUCCGCCGCCCAAACCACCAGAAGUUCAGCCAAUCAACACCAUUAGAAGGAGGGGAAAGGGCGCGGAGUCAACAGGUGGGUAUAAAGAAGGGAAGUCAGAUGAAAAGAAAGGUAUUGAAGGCGUGCAGAACCAAAUCCAUUUUGCAGGCGAAACCCACAAGAAAGGGGAGGAGCAACCACCUGAUACGGAUCUAUGGAAGGGCCAUACAACAAUCAUUUACAUUAACUCCGCACCUGCUCGGCCAAGACAGUCCAGGAGAAGGAGUAAAUGCAAAGAGGGCACACGCAAGAUACAAGCUACUCUGCAGCAACCCAGAGACCUCAAAGCAGACUAUGGAAGAAUAAAUGUCUCCACAGACAGAUCACACAAAUGGCAAUUAAGAGGGAACCUGACAGGGGCUAAUAGGGAAGGGAAUAACAAGGGUGGCGGUGGUAGAGUAGUAACAUUCAAUGCAGAGUGGAAGAGGAGAGUCAGCGACCAGGAGGGAUCCUUGGCCUAUAAAAAGGAUGAAGUUGAAGGGGGUUUGCAUCCAGCCUAUCAUCACCACAACACAGAUCAGAGAGCACACAAAGAAUACCAAAAAAAAUAG